AUGGUCAUGUUGUCCUACAUUGGGGUCUUCCUAGGGCUUGUAACCCUCUGUCAGUCACUUGGACCUGGGGCAUAUCUGCAGCUGGACAGUUGUGCAUUGAAAAAUGUUGUGACCGAAAUUCUGGCAGACACAAGCAUGUUAAGGAAAAUGGCGGAUUCAAAACAAGCUAAGAAAGCCCUUGGCAAAGGGGCUAAAAGCCCAGUGAAGGGUAUUAAAGACAUAAAGGUGGAAAAGCUUGAAUUCUCCAAGAUUUCACUGAACCUCCUCCCAGGCAUUGGUAUCCAGAUGUUUGUAACAAACAAGAUUGAAAUCAGUGGAAAAAGUUUCUUGGGUGGAACAACAGAAAUGAAAUUAGAAGUAGACAUUAUUACAAAUACAACUUUAAAGAAAGAGAAUGUAGAUUGCCCAACAUUUGUCUCGGUGGAAUGUAAAACCAACCUAAUUGAUGUUAAAGCCAAUCUACCGCAAGGAGUUUUGCCAUCUGUGAUGAACAAUUUUCUGGAUAAAAACCUUAAAACUCUUUUGCCUGUUACAGUCCAAGUUUUCAGAGGAGAAAAUCUCAUCAACCUACCUGAUGACACAAGUACUAGCUCCGUUGUCCUUCCAUCUUUACCCGAAACUACAACAACAUUCAUUUUGACCGCUGACUUUCUUGGACGUGCCUUCACUGUGCUUCAAGAAGAUGGAACUUUUAGCUUCUCAGCCACUGAAGAUGAUCUUGUAAAUGGAGGAGCCAUGUCUACAUCCAUCCUAACUGAUGUCAUUCCUGAGCUUCCCAAAGGACUACUAGAUUACAAAAUAAAUGUAUUUGUGAAUAAAUCAGCCUUAGUUACAGCAAACACUAUGAAAGCGAUUCUCCAUCUUUACUCAACCAUGGAAGUCACUGCAUCGUCUCCAGCUUCAGAAUCUCAGAUCUUAUUCAACGUAGACUUGCAUAUGAAUUUUAAGCUCCAGUUUGCAGUUGAUGAAAAAAAACUGAACUUCAUGAUCUCCCUUGACAAGACCUUCCUGGCUCUGGAAUCAUCCUCAGUUGGAGAAUUUGAGGUGCAAGACUUGAAAGAGUUCAUAACAUCUAUGAUCAACAAAUUAUACACCCCCGCCAUCAAUGGUUUGCUUCAACCAAUCCCCAUACCCAACAUAUUGCAGAAACUUAAUAUCAACUUGGCUAAUGGUCAUAUUGAAACAGAUAAGGUAAUGAUAUAA